AUGUCCUUCCACGAUAGAUCUCCGCCAAAAGCCACCACGCCGCAGUCAAUACCUCUACAAGACUUAGCCAGACCCCCCGACAACGACUCGCCUUCGGAAGGACAAGACCAGCAUGGAGGCGGUAUUAUCGGCCAUUUCCAUCGCCAUAGUCGUACGAGGUCACUGUUGACCGGCCGCCGAACCCCGGACUAUUCACGAUUGGACGAGGAGUCUCCCACAAGAGCUGGACAAGCAUAUCAAUCUGGUCGGGCUUCUCGCGGAGGACCUCGUUAUAGCGACCAUUCCCCCGUCGAAGAUCUGGAUGGCUUCGCCGCUGCCACCGUUGGCCUAGCUUUCGGUCCACCUUCGACCCCUCCGAAUGCUGCUUUACCUCGCCCGACCAUUAUCACCACCCCAGCAGAUGGAGAUUCUGGCGAAGUCGAGAACCUGUUUUCUCCUCCUGACUCAGACACAACACCCCUAACCGAAGGGCGAAAGUUGCACUCCUCACUUCAAACUUCCAGUUCACUCUCGAGAGGGCAGCGGCACGACAGAUCAGGAAGGGGGUCUGCUGUCCAUUGGAACGAUGGAGCAUCGCCAUCUCUGCAACCGAGUCGCAUGUCACGUCUUGGGGACAAUCUCCCCAGUCUCAAUACCGGUCUUGGUGUGCAGCGGAAGAUGAGCAGUGCCAGUGGCAUUCGUCGUCUCAGUUCCACUCGCGAUCUCUCGGCCGAACGUUCUCGGUCCUUAUCACCCUCCCCCUCUCCAAUGGCUCGAGCAAAUUCUAUUCUUCGUGGCAUCUCUCAGCGUGUUGUGAAUCUGAGUAACGAUUCAGAAAUUGUGGAGCAAAGUAUCCGACGUAAGCCAUCUGUUCGCGAUCAACGCCGACCCAGUGCUUCCGGAGCUCCUACUAUUUCUGAUAUCGAGGAUGCACCAGCUGCUACUUCACCACUGGAAAAAGUCGCGUCUUACGAGGUCUCGCCAGUUCCCCCCUCGUUCCCGCCAGCCAUCCAUCCAAAUCCACUCCUUGGAAACACUUGGGGCAUUUUUGGUCCCGAGAACCCUCUUCGGAAAUGGCUUUGUGAAAUUCUUGUCCACCCCCUGACGGAGCCUACUAUUUUGGCCUUGAUUGUUGCCCAAACUGUGUUACUUGCAGUCAAUGCCGCUUCAGAUGCAACAUAUCUGGAAACCCGAAUCAAGUCAUGGGGUACAGCCUUCGAUUACUCCAUUUUCGCUCUCUUCGUGAUAUACACCUUAGAGCUUAUUGCGCGUACAAUCGUCUCCGGCUUUAUUUCUAAUCCACGGGAGCUAAGCACCCUCAAUCGGUCUCUUGGACUUCGAAAGGCCGUCCUUCAGAAGGCAGAAACUCUCUUUGCGCCCGCCCAAGAUCGCCAAAUGCCUGCUAGAAGCGCCACUGACGACUUGGAUGGUCCAAGUCAGCCUUCGAUUGUGAGGACAUUCACGGGCGUUCCAGCCCCGGGAGGUCCAGGCCAUAGUAAGCAGCAACAGAGGAUACGUCUUGCCCGACGCGCCUUUCUUAGGCACUCGUUCAAUCGACUCGAUUUUUUGGCCGUGGUAUCUUACUGGAUAUCGCUUGCCAUGCAAUUGAGUCGCUUUGAAAAUUCCAGCCAUGUAUACGUCUUCAACAUGUUGAGCUGCCUUCGUAUUUUGCGCCUGUUAGGGCUGACAGCCGGCACCUCAAUUAUUCUACGAAGUUUGAAGAAAGCUGCCCCGCUCCUUGUGCAUGUCGCAUUUCUGAUAGGCUUCUUCUGGCUCAUAUUUGGCAUCGUUGGAGUUCAGAGCUUCAAGUCAAGCUUGCGUCGUACCUGUGUCUGGGUUGGAGAUGAUGGGUCAGGACAAAAUUACACCCUCAACAUUGCGCCGGAGAACAUCCAGUUCUGUGGAGGUUACCUCGAUGCUGUAAGCGGCGCUCCGAUGCCAUGGCUAUUCAGUGACGGACGUAAUGGUUCCCAAGAAUCCAAAGGAUAUCUCUGCCCUCAAGGCUCGUUGUGUGUGGAGGGACCCGAAGGCCCUUACAAUGGGACCGUGGGUUUUGACAAUAUUCUUCAGUCGCUCGAGCUGGUCUUUGUCAUCAUCAGCUCAAACACUUUCUCUGACCUGCUGUAUUACCUGACCGAUUCAGACUAUCUUACGGCCGCAUUGUUCUUUGCAGCAGGCAUUGUGGUUUUGAGUUUGUGGUUGGUCAAUUUGCUAGUUGCAGUCAUCACUUCGUCCUUCCAAAUCAUUCGGGAAGAAAGCAAGCAGAGCGCCUUUACCGCUGAAAAGAUCGACGAGCCGAUCCCAGAGGACGAGAGUAUGACCAAGAAAAGCCGGCUGAAGGCGCUGCUCGACAAAACGCACAUCUUCUGGGUGCUUGUGAUCGCUUUCUCGCUACUUGUUCAAGCCACUCGAGAGGCCAAUAUGAGCGAGUCAUCGGAGAAGCUCAUCAUGAAUUUAGAAACCGUUGUGACUCUGCUUCUGCUGGUUGAGAUCAUUCUUCGCUUCCUGUGCGAUUGGAGAAACUUCUUCCGCGGCAAACGAAACUGUGUCGACCUUUUCCUUGCGAUUGUGACUUCCAUUAUCCAAAUACCAGCGAUACGGAAUUCUGGACAGGCAUAUGCCUGGCUCACCACUUUCCAAAUUGCCCGUAUCUAUCGAGUCGUCCUUGCUGUCAGAGUCACCAGAGAGCUCAUCAUGACCGUCUUUGGAAAUAUUGUUGGCUUGAUCAACUUGAUUCUCUUCGUAUUUCUAUUUACUUUCCUCGCCGCUAUUAUGGCCUCACAACAAUUUCGUGGCGAUUUCCCACCUGUGGAUGCCGCUGGAGAGACAAUACAAACAACAUUCUUCGAUAUUUGGAACUCCUUUAUAGGCAUGUAUAUUAUAUUUUCUAGCGAGAAUUGGACCUCAGUGAUGUACAACGCGACGCAAUUCAACCUCCGAUGGAAUACUGCGUGGCUUAGUGCAAUGUUCUUUAUCUUGUGGUUUGUCGUUGCCAACUUGAUUGUACUGAACAUGUUUAUUGCUGUCAUUCAAGAGAGUUUCGAUGUGUCGGAAGAUGAAAAGCGCCUACAGCAAGUCAAGGCCUUUUUGAAACAGAAGGAGGUUGCGGGUCCUGCCUCCGGUAACUUGUCUUUGGCAGCCGUUUUCAAGAUGGGGCGGGAUUCCAUUAGACAUCGCGAUCCACUCGAGUAUGGCUCCUCAACUGUUGAACAACUCUUAAAGGAUGCUGUUGUCAAGGAUUUUCUGGAUGAGCAAGAUGAAAGCAUCAGCCGCCGUCCAACAUCAAUGCAUCUCUCCCAGGUAGCCACCGUCAAACCAGGCUUCCUGUCCAAAAUUUGGACCAAAUUUACCGGCCUUAACUCCCACAAGGAGCCUAACCCCUUUUAUACCAACACAUCAUCUACCCGGGCGAAUGAAGAGUUUGAUCCACGAGCCGCUGCAAAACGUGUGGUCACCGGUACAGAGAAUCGACGGCGCGCACAGCGUCAAUAUCUUCAAUCACAUCCGAGAUAUAACGUUUCUUUGUUUAUUUUCAAGCCAAACAACCCGAUUCGAAGGAUGUGUCAAUAUGUUGUGGGGCCAGGCCGAGGGAGUGAACGUGUCGAAGGCGUGUCCCCAUAUCGACCAGCAUGGUAUGUUUUUUCGGCGUUUACCUACGCGGCCAUUGUGGCGAUGGUUAUACUCGCCUGCAUUACUACACCGCUUUACCAAAGAGACUAUUACUUGGAGAACCCAAUGAGUAUCAAGAACUGGUUCAUUUGGACAGAUUUGGGCUUCGCCGUCCUCUUUCUAAUUGAAGCGCUCAUCAAAACCAUUGCGGAUGGUCUGUUCUUCACCCCGCACGCAUACUUUCGAAGUAUCUGGGGUGUCAUCGAUGCCGUUGUGCUAAUUACUCUCUGGAUUAACGUUGCUACCGCUUUGUUCCGCGAUGAUGGUGUUUCGCGGGCUGUUGGUGCUUUCAAGGCGUUGAGAGCCUUACGCCUCCUCAACAUCAGUGACACGGCGAGGGAAACGUUCUACUCCGUCAUUGUGAUUGGCAUCUACAAAAUUCUUGCUGCAGCCUUCGUCUCGAUGAGUCUACUCAUCCCGUUUGCAAUUCUCGGUCUCAAUCUGUUCAAUGGUCAGAUGCAAGCUUGCAAUGACGGAGACUUUAGUGGUUUAUUAACUAACUGCGUUGGCGAAUUCAACUCCACCCCAUUCAAUUGGCCUGUACUUGCCCCAAGAACAGUAGCCAACCCCUGGUUUAGCUUCGACAGCUUUGGCGACUCAUUAUUUAUCCUUUUCCAGAUUGUAUCGCAAGAGGGCUGGACGGGUGUCUUGCAGUCAGGCAUGAGCAUCACAGGACGCGGCUUGCAACCAGUACCAUUCGCGUCUCAAGGAAACGCUGUUUACUUUAUCAUCUUCAACUUGCUCGGUGCUGUAUUCGUGCUGACCUUGUUCAUUUCCGUCUUCAUGCGCAAUUACACCGAGCAGACGGGUGUGGCUUUCCUGACGGCGGAGCAGCGGUCCUGGCUGGAACUGCGGAAGCUCCUCAAGCAGAUCUCACCCUCCAAGCGUUCCAUCCACCACAAAGGCUCCACUUUCAAAAAAUGGUGUUAUGAAGCUUCAAUCCAGAAACGAGGGGUAUGGCAACGUUUCAUCACUGGCAUCCUGCUGGCGCAUCUUGCCCUUCUUAUCGUCGAUUUCUACCCAGAACCGAAAUGGUGGCAAAAAUUGCGUGAGUACCUAUUCUUGGCCUUUACUCUUGUCCUCAUCGUCAACAUUGCCGUCAAAAUUAUCGGACUUUCGUGGGACCGUUUCAGAAGGAGAUCAUGGGACGUUUACUCGAUCAUUGCGGUGUCUGGAAUCUUUGUGACAUCGGUGAUGAGUUUGGCAAAUGCUAAUCUUCGGACAUUCGACGUGCUCCACAGGCUCUUUCUGGUAUCUGUUGUAUUUCUCCUGAUACCGCGCAACAACCAGCUGGACCAGCUUUUCAAGACAGCUGCGGCGUCUCUGCCUCUCAUUCUCAACCUAUUGGCAACGUGGUUUGUCCUGUUUUUGGUCUUUGCAAUCGCCUUCACACAAGCCUUUGCCCUAACCCGGUUUGGCGAGAAUGAGAACAACAAUGUGAAUUUCCGCACAGUCCCCAAAGCCCUGAUUCUUCUCUUUAGGAUCAGCAUUGGAGAAGGUUGGAACCAGAUCAUGGAAGAUUAUGCAAGCAUUGAACCGCCAUUCUGCGUGCGAGAAGCUAGUUUCUUCGACAGCGACUGUGGGAGCUCGAAAUGGGCACGAUCGCUUUUCAUCGCGUGGAACAUCAUCAGCAUGUAUAUUUUUGUGUCUCUGUUCGUUUCGAUGAUCUUUGAGAGCUUCUCAUACGUGUACCAGCAGAGCAGUGGGAUGUCUGUCGUCAGCCGGGAUGAGAUCCGACGCUUCAAACAAGCAUGGGCCGAGUUUGAUCCCAACGGGACAAGGUUUAUAUCCAAGGAGCAGUUCCCACGCCUUCUAGGGGAGCUCUCUGGGGUUUUCCAAAUGCGGAUCUACGAUGGUGAUUUUACAGUUGGUCGAAUCAAAGAGGAUUGCUCUGUGCAGCCUGACGAUCCUCCCAACCCCAACCGACGUGUAGUGGACGGGAUGGACCUGGAUAAAUUGGCAGAUCGUGUCAGCCAAAUUCCAGUGGCGGAGAUCCGACAGCGACGCGAGCGCAUGAAUGUAUUCUACCAGGAAGUGCUUUUGACAGCAGAGCCAGACCGCGGAAUACCGUUUACUGCGGUGCUCUUCCUGCUGACGCAUUACAACGUGAUUGUCGACUCACGGAGCUUGAGACUGGAAGAAUUUCUCCGGCGAAGAGCGAGACUGCAAAGAGUAAAUGAAACGAUUCGACGAAACACUGUGGUUGGCUUUUUCGACACGCUGCACUGGUCUCGCAAGUUCAGACAGGCGGUCGACCGACGUCGAAAUUCACGACUUGCAUCGCCUCCAGGUCUCCCAGUUCCCGAAAUCUUUAUCGAGGAUCCAGAUGAUCGGAUUGAUGCAAGCAGCAGCGGCACGGAGCCACGGGACUUCACUUCAUCAACACCGGUAUACGGGGCUAGGAAACCAUCACCCAACCUGCCCCCAAUUGAUACAUCAGUCCAAUAUCGAGAUUCUCUACGAAGUCCAGCAUCGAUCACAGGCUACGAUGAAUCACCGGGCAGCAGCCCAGUCAGGACCACCAGGCUAUCAUCGGUCGACACGUCCUAUCCUGGACCAGCGAGAUCAUCACCGACCACACCAACACUUGGACACAGUCGUCAUGGUAGCACGGUCAGUGGACACAAUGCUCUAGGAGUGGUAGAAAGUUUCGACUCGUCGGCAUGGGGCGAAAGUAUUCGACGAAGUUUCACGACCAGGAGGGGAGGGCAGCGAGGAAGCUCAUGA